CAAUUAUCUAGAACGGCGCACGAGGCUCAGGAGCUUGAUCUUGGGCUUCGUUCGCAUCAUAAUUCCAUGAUUUCUCUUAUGAAGAGCAUUACAUUUGAACAUAUUUUUUACGAUCCCGCACACGAAUAUUUGCGUCUGUGGGCCAAUCACAUACCGAGAUUAAACUAACACCCCCCAAUCUUAAUACUGAAACGAAGUUUGCGACGUACCUAAGCUCGACCCAGAAUCGAACGAACAUUGAGCCGCGCGACUUCGAAAUACCUACCUCCCCGUUUCCCGUAGGCAUGCGGCUAUUCUGCCAUGUCGAUAUAAAAUCAAGGCAGAUGUUAGGAUGAGCCUGGACUCUAUGUUACCCGUCGCCCCGGCGAGGGUGCGGGCAUUAGUCUUACCUGUUGGUCAGAUCACGCGAGACAGGUUCUCUUCUUUCGUCCAGAGACUAAACGAGGAACAUGUCGUCUACCUUCGCGACAUCACUCCCGAUGGGCGACCUAAUCGGAACAUGUUCUCUCCUCUUGCUUUUCCGAAUGGUGCUAUGUUCUACGAUCUAAUCACUUAUGUGCCGCCCCCCUCACAUCUCGCUUUAACCCCCUUCGAGCUGUUCCGCGAACCUCUUGCUCUUAUUGCUAUCGCCGACGGGAAGGAGCUCGAAAAUGUGGCAUUUAGCAAGAGACAGUCUGCCAACGGCUAUGCGCCAACUAUGGCAGAGAGAAAUAUAAGGACUCUAUAUCAAGAGCUCGAGAAUCUGAGAGACGCAUAUCCAAAAAUACUUGCCCAUGAGGUGUUAAUAUUCGACUAUGCGCCACAUAUCGACAAUACAAUUCCCAUGCCCGAAGGCAUUAAAACGAUACCGUCGGUGGAAAAAUCGAAGAGAACUACUAUUAAAACAAUAAUGUGUGAUAUAUCUUCUUUAUUGCUAGCGGAAAUGACAACCCUUGCCAAGUCUCUUGAGGGGAAGACAACUAUUGAUUCCCCAGGACAGGCUCCUGCGAGGUCGGGGCUCAAUGGGAACUCUAGCUGGACUUCGGAUGAUGCAAACCCGGCAGCGCGACGAAACUCGCAGCACGCCAUUCCAUCUAUCACGAGAUCGGCAUCUAGCAGUAGUGCCGCGGAUAGGAAUCAGGCCCGUAUGUCAAUGCCCGUCCCUUUCAAAUCACUCCCUUUCGGAUCUAAUAGCUCGACCCCCUCGGCACGACCCACGACUCCUGUACACCGUAGCGGCCUAUCUAACCCUCCAACUACAUUUGACGAUAUUGCUAGUGCGAACGGAAGCAGCUCUGAUGUGACAAGUCCUGACCCGAAAUCUCGACCAGAUUCAGCCGGAGGAAUGAAACCGACUAAUCAGGACAAGGUCUCGGUACAAGGCUUUGGUCCCGGUGGCUUAAACGAGAGAUUCAGAAAUAAGGGCCGGGGACGAGCGACGAUCCUAGUCGGUUCCUUAUACCUUCAGGCUGGUCGAUGGACUGAUGCGUUAAAAGAGCUGGUGGAUGGCGCGACCGUCGCAAAGUCGAUCAACGACCACUUAUGGCACGGUAAAGCACUCGAGCUAAUCACAAUUUGUCUGCUCCUACUCGGCUGGAUCGGAGUUCAGUUUCAAGUUCCUUCGAUAUGUCUACCAACCAAUGACAAGUCUAUUAGUAGCAUAUCCAAGGGGCCGGAUUCCGAGGAGGGAGAUCCCAACCAACCGAAGCAUUUGUGGAAUCUUCAGACUAUUUUACCGGAACUUCUGGAGAGAAUAGUAGGACUAUAUUCUAGAAUAUCCGGUGAACAACUUCCCCCCCUGCCGCUAUCAGAGUCCAUUAUCCGAUUCUGUACUUUGCUCACAGGCAUUCAUAUAUGUGAUGGCAAGCUCGAUAAAGAGUUCUUAGACGGAAUUGUUCUUGGCAAGCUGCCUACGAAACCCCUUAAUACGUCUCCACGCCUAACCAUUAACCCUUCUCGUGCUCAAAUCACGACUCUAUUAUUCAAAGCUUUCCCAUCCUCUACGUCCGAAUUGCUCGCCACUGUAGAUCGUGCAAUUAUUCUAAGCGGGAUUGCGUCUGUACUUGGCUCACUAGGAUUUCACAGGAAAAAGGCUAUGGUUGUGCGGGAAUUGGUGUCGGUAUUAAUCGGAGGACUAGUCGAGGCAAGGACGCGAGGCGCUGCUGAAGUCGGUAUUCACCCGGCUGCUGGUCUGGUAGCUCUCAACGCCAUCAACGGCCAUGGCAAUGGAGCAUUGGCGCUCGAGCUUGGUGAAGGGGAUAUAGAACAUGGCAUUGACGCGUUCCUCGGGUUACUUUGCAAAACCUAUGGAGUGGUUGACUUUGACGAUGCCACUCGUGGGCCUUCUGAUGAAUCACGUCGGAUAAAUGACACGGAUGAGAAGGUCAUCUCAAGAAUUCGAAGUCAAGCCCUAACCCGACAAUUCGGUAUGAACAAUGUCAAACUCAAUAUUCUUCGCGCUUGUAUCAACUUUUCCGAGGCAUUACCGGACUUCAACGGAGUGCUGAAAUUCUCUAGCGAUUUAUUGCGCACUGCUGGAAGCGGAGUUGCGCCAGGGCCACGUCGAGAAGAUGCAGCUCCUAUAAUCACGAGAGAGGAGCAGAUCAGGUUAGCAACUAACAUUACGAAGACGUCUGGCCUUUCUCAAAGAUUAGGUCUGGGGCAUUUGUCUGCGGAAUACUGGGACGAAUUUCUCGUUCGGGGGAUCACGAUGGACCCUUUACCACCUACCAAAACACCCACAUCACAUCCCAAGACCGUUUUACCGGGCGUAACAACUGCGCGCACUUCCCAGGAUGUAAAUCCUUUCAUCUAUAACCCAUUCAUACGGGCUUCCGAUAAAGCGGCGGUAGAGAUGACACUUGUUGCAGGGGAAACAGCAACGUUCAGAAUCACGCUCCAAAACCCCUAUGAAAUCGACGUAGAUAUUGAGAGCAUCAAAUUAGACACGGAAGGGACGGGUUUCGAAUCCUCAAUAACGAGCACAAUAAUAGGGCCGUAUCGCACACAGAUCCUGAAGCUUACUGGGACACCCACAGCUGCAGGCCACUUGAAGAUUACCGGAGCCAUAGUGAAAGUACGCGGGUGUCGUGAAAGGAGAUUUCCAAUCUUCCCUCAAGCAUGGGCUGCGGAUACGGAAACUAAAAUUAAAGGAAUCGGACUGGUGGCGCUGGAAAAAAAUAAGCAAUUGCCUUUCCCCGGACCUUCGUUGAAGCCGGAUAGCAUUGGGCUGAGCGUUAUUUCCGCCCAGCCUGUUGUUGUGAUUAAGUCCACUACCCUCUUCCAAUCCUCAGUCAUGAUUUUAGAAGGAGAACGACAAGUGUUCUCUGUGACACUUCAAAAUCUCUCAUCAACCACACCAGCAGAUUUAUUGCUUUUUUCAUUCCAGGACUCGACACAAGGCCCUUUACAAACAGCCUUAACAAGCAGAGACGCUACGCCCGCGGAGCUGUACGAAUACGAACUUAUUCUAGCAAGGAAGCAAGCCUUUCGAUUGCGCAAGAUUGAUGAUUCGAAGAGAUACAUAGCUCCGGGAGGCACGGCUACUUUUGAUUUUGAGAUUCUUGGCAAGCCUGGUCUCACUAAUGGGACAAUUCAAGUCGACUACGCACAUCUUGGUGUACCCCAGACCGAAAUUAGCAACCAAUUUCAUACUCGCCAGGUGUGUCUCGACUUGACCAUUACAGUCAACGCUAGUGUAGAACUUGCGAGAAUGGAUGUUCUACCUAUCAAAGGCGAGGUGCCUAAGCCCAUAUGGACUCGCCUAGGCGCCGAGGAGCCAGAGACAGAAUCUGAAUUCUCUGAUGAAGAGCACUGUCUGCUAUUGAUAGACCUCCGAAACGCGUGGCCAAGCGACAUGCAAGUCUGUCUUAAAGCAGGCAAUGGCAUCGUGAUCCAGGAGCAUAUCCUACCUGGGAAUACAAACCGCGUCGUCGUCCCAGUCCCAAGAGUGUACAUAGACGACCCGCACGCGUCGAUACCGGCGCUCAACCCGUCCCGACAGCGCCAAUUCGUCGUCAGCAGCAGCAAAAUCACCCCGGACAUCGAGCGCGGCAACCGUGAGGCGUUCUGGUACCGAGAGAAGAUCUUGGAAAAGCUCUCGGGAUCUUGGAAGACCCUAUCCGGGCCCUCUAGACAAGGCACGAUCGAGCUACGUGGUCUCCGCCUCGCGCCCCGCAUGAUCGAGGCCAUCAAGAUCGACGAGGUCGGCAUCGACAUCUCCAUCGAGGAUCCCGAUACCCGAAGCCAGGAUGAAGAUGAUGAGGAGGAAAGUGAAAGCAAUGCCGCAGUUUACACGGACGAGUUCGCACAGAUAAGCGUCGUCGUAACGAACAGAACCGACGAGCCCAUCUUCCCCACCCUCAGACUCAUGCCAGUGCUAUGUCACCGCCCCCCGAACGUAGCCCUCGACUUCACGCGCAAGUUCGCCUGGAUCGGCACGCUACAGCAGAGCCUCCCCCGCAUCGAAGCUAAGAGCGAGGCAAAGGUCUUGCUUAGCGCAAUGGCCCUCUGCAGAGGCGAAUUCGAGAUCUCGGCCUCAGUCGAGGAGACCAAACUCUGGAAAGCGCCACCGCCGGAUAAAGACGGGGAUGCGGGGAAGAGUAAGGGCGGGAAGCAGGGCAGGGAGAGGAGCGAGACGGAGAUUAUGAUGGAUGCGGUGCUCGGGGCGAAGGAGAGACGGAUCUGGCAUUCUAGACGGCCGUGUAGGGUUUCUGUGCGGGAUAGAUAGGGGGACGAUGCGUGUAGAGUAAAGAGAUGGAUGGAGAGGUGAAAAGGGGAGAUGCAUGUGGGGGUGUGGGAUGUGUGAAGUGAGGCAUAGCGGGAUGGAUGUGUGGGUGGAGGGUGGAAGGUGGAGGGUGGAACACAAAUACAUCGAUGUACAAACGAUUUAGAAACAG